UAAGGCGCGCCGGUCUCGAGUCCCUGGUACCGGGCGGCUGCCGCCAUGAAGGAGGUAGGAGAUCGGAAGCUGCGCGUGGCCGUGGUGGUGUCCUUUGCUUCGGGCUUCUUCGUAGGCUGGCAGGCGUGCCGCCUAUGGAGACGCUUCCUGAACUGGCGGAAGGAGCGGCUGCAGGAACAGCUGCAAGAGACGCAGAAGCGGUUGGACAUGUACUGAGUCGCCCUCGCCCUACCUGCCCAGAGGCAGCAGCGGCGGCGCCGCGGGCCUGAACAUCAGCCGGUCCCGACCCGCUUCGCUUAGCCCUCGCCCUCGCGCUUGUUGAAGAUGGACUGGAAAGAAACAAUUUUUUCCUGCAGCUACCAAUUGAUUCUUAAUCUUUAAAAUUAAAAAAAAAAAUUGGACACCUUUUGAAUCUUCUUUUUUCAAAAGAGAACACAGUGCUGAGUAUCCUUGUUUGCUGAAUAGUUUUAUAGGACCAAGGGUCAGAAGAAUAAGGUUAUUUCAUCUGGUAAUAAUGACUGUACCUGAAAAGGCCAUUUUUCUCAGAAAGACUUUGUGAAAAUAAGUGAGAUGAUUGUGUGAAAUGCUUUGAAUUUUUGAGAUGAUUCUAUAGCAAUGCAAGAUGUACCUAUAAUAGUAUUGUAAUUAGCAAAAAUCUUGUUUAUGAAAAUAAUUUGUAAAACUGAGCUGAAGUAAUCCAAUGUUGACUAUAAAGUUUGUAAUCUAUUCUUGACUUAAUAUGCCAGUUAAAAGGUACUACUCUAUGGUUUUGUUUUUUAGGCCAGACUUGAACCUAGGACCUCCUGUCUCUAGGCCUGGCUCUCAAUCCACUGAGCUACCCAGCUGCCCCCACUACUAUAUGUUUUUAAAGAAGAAAGUGCCCUUGAUUGUACUGACAUAGAGAGUAAUAACCACUCUACCUCCACGGAAGAUAAGAAGUAUCUGUAUCAUUUUUUAGUGCUUGGACUGUUAAUCUGGUUACUAAACAGGGCCCUUGAUUAAACUUACAUAUGUAAAUAUCAGUGACCUCACUGAAAUAGAUGUUCCCUAUAGUCAUACAGAUUGCAAACCAUCCAUAAAUGCACAUCCUAUGUGACAUCCAUAAACUUGCAUAAUUUUGACACAAGAUUGACUCAAUAUGCUAGAAGUCUUCAUUUUCUUUUGACAAAUAGAUGUCGUCAGAACAAUAGGAAGACAGCAUAUGGGCUGUCUCUUAAUAUCUCACUCUUGCUCUGUGACCAGAUCAUCUGUUGUGUGUAUACAUUUCUUUG